AUGUUUUCACUACUACUUCAUCGCAUCCUCCUCCUCUUAACCAUCGUCUCAGCCACGCCCUCGCAGUACUGCCUCUUCGGCCUCCCCCGCAAUGAAGUCGACUUCUGCAUGGCCGUCUCGCUCUACCACAACCACUCGACGGAGGCUCACGAUGUCCACCUCUCAUUUGCCAUGCGGCGAUCUCCUUCCAACGGCUCCUACGCACUAGGAUGGACCGCCAUUGGCGCAGGCUCCCAAAUGGCCGGAUCCCUCAUGUUUGUGCUCUACGGCGAUCCCGCAUCGUCCGACGGUCCUGUCAAGCCAACGCUCAGCGUGCGGACCGUCAACAAGGGCCACGCACUGCCGCAGCUCAUCGCCCAGGACGGAGCCGCCAAGGACCUGGACGUGCGCAUCUCCGAGACGAAAUGGUCCAUGGCCUAUUCAGAUGAAGACAGGCCGAUAUACGUGGGUUCGGCGUCUGUCGUCUGCUACGCCUGCUCCAAGUGGCCGGGCACGGAAAUCAAUCCCGAGACGGCCUCGCAGCCGUGGAUCUGGGCGUGGAACAAGCAGCAGCGCAUGAGGGGCUUUUCGACGGACCAGCAGCUGGAGAUGCACACGCUCAUUGACGGCUACGGCCACUUCUACGUCGACAUGGAGGCGGCGACUUCGCACAGGGCCACCGGCCCUCCGGCCUUUGUCACCGGCAACAACUCCAACAUUGGCACGUCUGACCGACCCAUGGAAGAGACCAAGACGGGCCUAUGGCAGAAGCUCAUGUCGCGGCCUCUCGCCCAUCUCCACGGCUUCUUCAUGAUGGCUGCCUUCUUGGUCUUGUUCCCCGCCGGUGCCGUGGCCAUCCGCUCCGGAUCGGACAAGUCGUUCCGCUUCCACUGGGUCAUCCAAGUCGCCGGCCUCGUCUCAGCCUUUAGCGGCGCAGUCCUCGCCAUCAUCAUGAGCGACAGAGUCUUCGGCUCGCCUCACCAAAUCGCCGGCGUGGUCAUCUUCUCGCUGCUCUUCGUCCAAGCCCUUCUCGGCUGGCGGCACCACAUGGACUUUAUACGCAUCUUCCGCCGCACGUGGAUCUCCUACAUGCACGUCUAUCUCGGCUUUGUGAUUCUCCUGGCUGGUUGGGCAAACGUAAUAAGCGGCCUCGUGCUGUACGGCUUUAGCAAAGUCGGCACCGUCAUGAUUGGAGUCUUGAUUCUGCUUGAGCUGCUGGGCGUGGGCGGAUGGUCAUUUCUGGCGAGACGGCGCUCUCAGGCUAGAGAUUCGGGCCACAAGGAGACACCAGAAUCUUCGGCGGCGUACUUUGCUUUGGAUGAUAUCCCGGAGAGUGACGAAGAGGAUGAUGUGCCGGAAGACAGGGGGCUUAUGCACAAGGGAGAUGGACGAAAUUGA